UUCUACAAAGAUAUCGGACUGUGAGUUUGUUUCUAAUGCAAUUCACAAUAAUGACCUUGUGGAUGGACUCUCAGAAUACGUUAGUGAGACAGAAUAUAAUGAGGUUAAUAAUGGGCUUCUACAACUCAUCAUUUAUCCCCAGGGAAGGCCAGGUGGGCCUAGGCCACUGCUUCUGUUAAAAAUAAACUAAAAUAACACUUGUAAGGUGAUACAUAUUCUUGCAAUAAAUAAAGCCAGCAAAGGCAGAUCUGUGUGUCUAUAUAUACAUGAACUGCUGAUUCGAUUUGAACACCCCAUUUCUCCGAUUCAAUAACUUCAGUUGCAAAACUUCUAUCUCCGAUUGCGGCAAUUUCAUAGCUAACUCUUUGUUAUACACAGCUGAAAUGGCAGAGCCAGAGUCUUCUCGUUCUAUACCAGAAUGGACCUAUGAUGUCUUCUUGAGUUUUAGAGGAGAAGACACUCGCAAGACAUUUACAGAUCAUCUAUAUGCUGCCUUAGUCCAAGCAAAAAUCCACACUUUUCGAGAUGAUGAUGAACUUCCUAGAGGAGAAGAAAUCUCCGAUCAUGUCCUCAGGGCUAUUCAAGAAUCAAAGAUAUCCAUAGUUGUCUUCUCAAAAGGAUAUGCUUCUUCUAGAUGGUGUCUCGAUGAACUAGUAGAGAUUCUGAAGUGUAAAAGGAAGAAAACCGGUCAGAUUGUUCUUCCUAUAUUCUAUGACAUUGAUCCUUUAGAUGUGAGAAAACAGACUGGCAGAUUUGCAGAAGCAUUUGUUAAACAUGAAGAGCGUUUUGAAGAGAAGCUGGUGAAGGAGUGGAGAAAAGCUCUUAAGGAGGCAGGAAAUCUAUCUGGAUGGAAUCUCAAUGAUAUGGCAAAUGGGCCUGAAGCAAAUUUUGUCAAAGAGAUUAUCAAGGAUGUGUUGAAUAAAUUAGGACCCAAGCACUUAUAUGUUCCUGAGCACCUAGUAGGUAUGGAUCGGCUUUCUCGCAAUAUUUUUUACUUUCUAAGUACUGCAAUAGAUGAUGUACAAAUUGUGGGCAUACAUGGGAUGCUAGGAAUAGGAAAGACGACUAUAGCAAAAGUUGUAUUUAAUCAACUCUGCAAUGGAUUCGAGGGAAGCUGUUUUCUUUCGGAUAUAAAUGAAAAAUCAAAACAAUUCAAUGGUCUGGCUCUUUUACAAGAGCAACUUCUUCAUAAUAUUUUAAAACAAGAUGUUGCUAACAUCAAUUGUGUCGAUAGAGGAAAGGUUCUGAUCAAAGAGCGACUUUGUCGCAAAAGAGUUCUUCUUGUUGCUGAUGAUGUGGCUCGUCAGGACCAGCUAAAUGCUUUGAUGGGAGAGCGAAGUUGGUUUGGUCCCGGAAGUAGAGUAAUUAUUACAACAAGAGAUUCAAAUCUUCUUCGUGAAGCAGAUCAAACAAAUCGGAUCGAAGAAUUGGAACCAGAUGAGGCCCUUCAGCUUUUCAGCUGGCAUGCCUUUAAGGACACCAAGCCAGCAAAAGAUUAUAUUGAGCUUUCAAAGAAAGCAGUUGAUUACUGUGGAGGACUUCCUUUUGCUCUUGAGGUUAUAGGAGCUCGUCUGUCCGGGAAAAACAGAGUUACGUGGGAAAGUGAAAUUGACAACUUGAGCAGAAUUCCAAACCAAGACAUUCAAGGAAAGCUUCUAACAAGUUAUCACGCACUUGAUGGUGAACUACAAAGAGCAUUCCUUGAUAUUGCAUGCUUCUUUAUUGGUAAAGAGAAAGAAUACGUCGCAAAACUGCUAGGAGCCCGUUGCGGUUACAAUCCAGAAGUUGUUUUGGAAACUCUCCAUGAAAGGUCUAUGAUUAAAGUAUUGGGAGAGACGGUAACCAUGCAUGAUCUAUUACGAGACAUGGGAAGGGAGGUCGUUCGUGAAUCGUCUCCAAAAGAACCUGGAUAGAGGACCAGAAAUUGGAAUCAAGAGGAUGCAUGGAAUGUGCUUGAGCAGCUGAAGGAAAUAUCAUGUUGGAUUUUGCUGAUGACAAACUUAAUCCUAGAGAUUGCAUCUGCGGUUUUUGACCAGACGGGUUAUGCAUUAAUUGGCAUGGUGUUGGCAUUUGUAGCUUUGCUUCUUGCUGCCGUUGAACUCAUUCACAUGGCUCGAAAGGAAAGAACUAAACGGGUGGGCCUAUUGCCACCUUUUAUUCUCCAUGCAACUAGAAAGCCUGUUGGCUGGUGCUGUCUGGCAAUGUGUUUAUUCGACUGUGGAGUAUAUGUAUACUCGUCAGAAGAAAGAUAAUCCAAUUAAGAUGUGUCUUUUACCUUUCAUUUUCUUAUUAUGCGUGGCGAUUUCCAAAUUAUUAGUCGACAAGAGUUCCGUUGUAAAUAGUUCUUAGCAAUAGUAUUUUCUUUGAACUAGAAGGAAUUUCUAGUAUUGUGUUCUAAGGACUCUUUUUAGUGGGAAUGAGUCAAAGAUUUUGAUUCCUAGAUUUUCUUAUCGAAGACCCAGACUUGUAAUGCAAUUAAGACACUAUAUUUUAGACAGUGAGCAUGAGUUGAUGUGGACAA